AUGGUUUUGAUUUUGAUAUUCAGUUUUGCAUCUGCCGAAAGCGCGCAUGGAUUAAAAGUAAAUGCAAAAGUGAAACAAUCAUCAGAUCAGAUUGCAAGUAAAAAUGUAGGCGAAAAAGCGAAUGAUGAAGCGGACAUUGUUUACGACGAGAGGCAAACAGACGGCGAGACAAAUAUUCGGUUGCAUGUUAAAAAUUUCCAGAUCCAAGUUCCGGAAUCAUCGUUAGCAAUGCUCAAGGGAAACACCAUGACAACCAUGAUUCGUAACUCCAUACUGAAACUGUUUGGCAUUCCAUUUGAUGAAAGUGAGCUGUCGGCGACUCAAGAAGAACAAGUUUUAUCGGAACAAGAGCAGCAGCAACAAUCAGCUGCCGAUUCGAUGCUACAGAUUAAUGGUAACAAUCUGCCGGCAAAGUUUUUCUUGGAAAUAAGCGACUUUUUGAUGAACAACCAGGACAAUGACGCGGUCGACGAUCAACGGGUGGAAACCAAUCACCGAAAGAAUGCCGAAAACUACGCGACCGAAGAGAUUAAAAUUGAACGUUUAGAGAAUGUCAAUAAUGUAAAGAACGAAACAAUAACUAUCAGCAAGAAACUGUAUACAAAUGGACCGCAGAACGCUACGAACCAAACGGUUUUCGAAUCGACCAACACAGAGAAUAAGUUUAGUAACAAUGUUACGCACAAUCACACUGAGAAGGAGGAUCGAUAUCAGAAGACGCGUCCCAUCCGGCUGGAUACCGUAAUGAUGAUGGUCAAACCUGGUGCUGAUGGAAAGCCGGCAACGUUACGCGAGAAAGUUAUUUGGAGAGUGGAAGAUAGAAACUGA